AGUUUAACUCACUCAAGCUGCCUAUUCCUUUUCUCUACCGCAAAAGGGAGAUAUGACGGAGUACGAUGAUCGCAGCAGCUGUGCGUCAAAUAUGUAUUUGCCGAGUUGCACGUAUUAUGUAUCGGCGCCCGAUUUUUCUUCGGUCUCGUCGUUUUUACCACAGACUACGUCGUGUCAAGUUAAUUUUCCAUAUUCCUCCAACAUAGCUCAAGUCCAACCUGUUCGAGAAGUGUCUUUCAGGGACUAUGGACUGGAUCACCCGAGCAAAUGGCAUUACAGGGGCAAUUAUGCUUCCUACUACUCGUCGGAUGAGAUAAUGCAUCGAGAUAUAAUCCAGUCAUCGAACAGGGCGGAAAUGCUAUUUAAAAACGAUUCGUUGUACAGCCACCACAGCGGGACGAACUCGUCCUGCAGUUUCUUCACGAAUGUCGGCAGGAACGGUGUACUUCCUCAAGGAUUUGACCAGUUUUUUGAGUCAGUUAACUCUGAGAAGCCCAGCCCUGAGCACUCUAAACAAAAGACAGAGUCCAACGUCCCGGGAGAUGCCGCAUGUAAUAAACAGUCUUCGGAUACCUCAGAUUCUUCGAAACAAGACCUAGCAGACAACACAGAAGAGGAAUCUUCAAUAUCAAACUGCGGAGAUGAUAAGAGCAACGGCGCAAGUACAUCCAAGUCCAGGAAAAAGAGAUGCCCUUACUCCAAAUACCAGAUCCGAGAACUUGAACGAGAAUUCUUUUUCAAUGUGUACAUCAACAAGGAGAAGCGGCUGCAGCUGUCCCGGAUGUUAAACCUGACUGACCGGCAAGUCAAGAUCUGGUUCCAGAACCGACGGAUGAAAGAGAAAAAGCUGAACCGGGACCGGCUUCAGUACUUUACUGGAAACCCCUUGUUUUGAGCCCGACACGACAUUCAGACGCACCGGCCGACUCCUGCUCAUGAACUCCCGAUCAUAAUGCCUCCACUGUCGUUGGGAGGUUCCGGUCGUUUUCAAAGGAAAGAUAGCCUAUUGCAACCUUAAACCCAAUGCUGUCACCAGGCCUGGACCGAUGUAUUUUCUUAUAACUAUGCAACGCCUUUUUGGUAUCACAACAGUGAACACAUUACCUCAAACAAGGGAAAUCUAUUUACGAUUUAUUUAAGACAUUUGUGAAGUCGACGUUAUACAUUAUCCAAUUGAGCGAACGCAUCCAGGGCAUCUCGACAAUCUUUUUUCGUACUCUUUCUCGUUUAAAUGGUGAAUGCCACUGUAAUGUAACCCACUUGUAUCAAUCGUAUUUAUUUAUUUCAUUUUAAAAUGGCUGUUUCAUUGUGAUACCCUUACCCACCUCAUGCGUAUUUCACUACGCAACAGAUACUUUGAUUACAGUAAUCAACACGUAAUUUCAUAAUAGUGGAAUUAUGUAUGCAUUAGUUAGACGCAUGUGAUGUAUUGAUGUAUUAAAUAAACCAAAACACUGCAAAAUGUGUUUUUUGGUCUUGCUGUGCGUCCCUAUGCGUUCAUACGAAAUCACAACUGCGACAUUAGGCCCAUUGAAAUACAGGUAGGCGUAGGCCCAAGUCUUCUUUCAGGUGGACAGAAAAUGGCUUUCAGAACUGUGUACAGUGGCCAGUUUGUGGUGACCGUUUGAAAUGAGUCAGAACGAACAUUUUACAGGCGUUCAGUAAAAAUAACCGCUUCUUGAUGGUAGCCGGGGCAGGAAGGUAUGCAUUUUCGGAGGGCUAUACACCAAGCCGUGAAGCUCCUCAUCAGCUUCAGACUUGCCAAUAAUAACUAGACGAGGACUAUAGUUCCUUUAUUCCUUUUAUGUUGUUUUACACUAAGGGUGUUUACUAAACCUUGAACCGUCUAGACAGACUAAUAAAACCCCAGCUGUAAAUGUCUAAAUUGGGGGGCUAUUGGACCCUCUGGUGACUUCAAAUGCGACUCUGUCCAGAAACGCGACAAAGGGGAUGUAGCCAGUUUGUUUUAUAAACCUAACAUACAGACUCUUAGAGGAAAUCUACAAAAAAUAUUGUGCUCAAGACCAUUUAAAGUCACCUAAGGGUUGGUAGGUAGCCUAGCGUUCGCCUCGUCUUGGAGACGCCUUAAUCAAAAUUAUGGGCCCGAAUUUGGACACGGACAUAAGUUUAUUUUCGAGUUUUUAAAAAUAUAAAUGGUAGGUAAAUAUGGUAGAUGUGCAUGUGCAAAUUUGAUAUCAAAAUAAUGCAUUUGAACUUCCGUAAUGUCAAGGUCGUCACCCUUAACCUUUUUGAAUAAGUAUAGGCGCUUGCCCAGACUAUCUGCACUGCAGUCGGAUCUCAACAUGGCUGCCACGUCUCCUUGACUUUAAACUGCGCAGUCUUCUUGCGUAAAAGCAUCCAUCUGAGGGACCUGCAGUGCCCGAUUUGCAAAUAGACUUUAUUUGAGGACAGUGUUUGAUGGUUGUAGGCCAAUAGACUCAUAGGCCAAGACUCAUAGUCCUUUCAUAUGCUACCCUGUCGUAGAAAAUGGUUUAUUUUAGAAAGAAAGUCCACCAACAUGAAACAGUGCUCUUGGAUUUUUUGGAAUUCUGGUGGCAAGAGAAAGUGAUGGACAUAUCAAAAAGGCCACUGAGGGCUUGUAGCCAAAGCCAGUCAUUUUGUUUGGUGUUAAUCUGUGAGGGUGUUGACAAACAGGACAAACUACAUAUGGCUUUUUCUUACUGACAAACUUGACCGACACAAGCUUUUUUAAAUUGGGUUUGUAUGCAUAGUGUCAUAUGUAUUUGUCAAUCACCAGUUAUGCUGUAUAAUUACUGAGGUCUUCUUGUGCGUAAUUGCGCAAUGUUUUUUUGUGGCACGCCACAACAAAGGCCAAUAUAUAUAUGCUUUCCACCAUUAGAAUUUCCAGUUAAACAGUGUAAUAGUAGUGUAAUAGUUUCGUUUACAAAUAGUGUAAAUGUGAAAUGCUUAAUAUUUUACCUUACUGCCUUUUAGAGAAUUGAAUAAAUGGCGACUGUUUAUUGCUCCAGGGUCUGUUUUUCGGCCUUUUCGUGUGUUCUUUCUCGAUACAUUUUGCCAAGAGCUCUUAAUUUACGCAGAUCAGUCUUCUCAAAAUCUGUUAACUCUACUGACCAAUCUAAUUUUCAAUGAUCUGAAAUUUAUAUAAGCUCCCAAUAUUUACCGUGCUCUGUCUUUGGGCCGUUUCUUGAUAUUCUCUUUCGAUAUAGUUUUACUAACAAGAAACAGUUG